AUGCCCAAGAACAAGGGAAAGGGCGGUAAGAACCGUCGUCGUGGAAAGAACGAGAACGACAACGAGAAGCGUGAACUUGUCUUCAAGGAGGAAGGCCAGGAGUAUGCGCAGGUUGUCAAGAUGCUGGGUAACGGCCGAUUGGAGGCUCUCUGCUUCGACGGUGAGAAGCGUCUUGCUCACAUCCGUGGCAAGCUGCGCAAGAAGGUUUGGAUCAACCAGGGUGACAUCAUCCUCCUUUCUCUGCGUGAUUACCAAGAUGAGAAGGGCGACGUGAUCAUGAAGUACACCUCCGAUGAGGCCCGUAGUCUCAAGGCCUACGGUGAACUCCCCGAGCAUGCCAAGAUCAACGAGACCGACACCUACGGCCAAGAAGGCUUCGAGGACAACGUCGAGUUCGACGAAGACCGCGAUAGCGAUGAGGAAGACAAGGAAAUCGAUGUCGACGAGCUCUAA